ACACACAUAGACAGCACAAACACAAAACGCAACAUGUCCCACAUCGAGGAGUACAAGAGUCCCCGUAUUGCCACUGAGGUCGUAGUUGCCCCGGUCAUCAUCAAUCCCGGUCCAUUGGGUCUCUCUGCCUUUGCUCUUACAACCUUCGUCCUCUCGCUCUUUAACUUGGGUGCUGGUGUUCCCUCAGGCGGUCCAGUCGAGGUCGUCACCGGAUUGGCUGUCUUUUACGGGGGCAUCACCCAGAUCUUGGCCGGGAUGUGGGAAUUCAAGGUCGGCAAUAACUUCGGUGCUACCGCCUUCACCUCGUAUGGUGCCUUCUGGCUGUCGUACGCAGCAAUUUUGAUCCCAAGCUUCGGUAUCAUUCCAAGUUAUGACAAAUCGGACGUCCACGCCCUCGAUAAUGCUCUGGGCAUUUUCUUGCUCUCCUGGGCCAUCUUCACCUUCAUCCUCUGGAUCGCGACCCUUCGCUCGACAGUGGCUCUCUCGACCAUGUUCUUCGUCUUGACCUUGACCUUCUUGUUCUUGGCCUCCGGUCACCUCGCCCACAUGGAUGCUGGCAACUACCCCACCAAGAUCGGAGGUGCCCUCGGUGUGUUGACCGCGCUACUUGCCUGGUAUAACGCUGCAGCCAGUCUCUUUACUCCCCAGCAUACCUUUGUCCGCUUGCCCGUUGGUCCCCUGGCUCGCGCUCAGAUCGAGUAAGAUAAGAAACUUCCAGCUUUGGAAGUGGUUUCACCUGCAGCAUCACGGGGACAGUGAUAACUGACGAACCAGCAGCGCUCUGGCUUCGAGUCCUUUUCUGGUUACUGUAAUCCUUUGUACAUAUGAGCUGUAGACUAGCAUAAUAAAAAGAAGGACAGGAAGCGAGCUUUGCGCAGACUGUCGGAGAUGAAACUGUCUUAUGGUACGCAGUUGGAACACAUAGGCAAGUUCCACUCGUCUUACCCCACAAACUUUGGUUUCAUCUGCCCGCGGCAUCAUAGUGGGUGUGGUUUUUACGAUCCCGAUCCCAAAAGCACCAAAGUUUGGAGGCACCAAAGUUAGGUUCACUACUCAU